GAAAACAUUGUCUAUUGCAAUUCCAGCAUAAAAAAUUAUUAACAAGCAAUGACCGUUAUGAUCACCACUUCAUCAUCCAUAAUUAUGAACUCUUCCCCAGGCAUGACACCCGUCAAGUUCGGAUGCAAUCGAGGUGCCAUGCAUAAGCAUAAGAAGAUUAAGUUAAAAUAUGCUUCUUCUUGGAGUUCGCAAUUUAAAGCUCCAACAAAGGUAAAUGCUACAAAAGCAGGUGCUUUGGAUUGGAGCAUGGUCGACCCGGAGAAAGAGGAUCCAAACAUGGUUUCAGAUCUUCUGGUAGAAAGAAUGAUUCAAGAUGGUUUUAUAUUCCAAGAAAAAUUUUGUAUUAGGGUUUAUGAAGUAGGGCCAUAUCAUAUAGCUACCGUAGAAACACUAAUGAACCAUUUGCAGGAAACAACAGCUAAUCAUAUGAAGAAAGGUGGACUCAUACAUGAGUGGUUUGGGUCGAAGGAGAUGUUCAAGCACAACCUAACGUGGGUGAUGGCAAAGAUUCAUAUGGUUGUGGAUCGCUAUCCAACAUGGGGUGAUUUUGUUCAGAUUGAUACUUGGAAAGCUGCGUAUGGGAAAAAUGGUGUGUGUUGUAAUCUAACAUUCCGUGAUUGCAAAACGGGCGAGAUAUUAGUAAGAGCUUCAAGCUUUUGGGUAAUGAUGAAUAGCAAGACAAGAAAGUUAUCCAAAAUUCCAAAUGAAAUUCGAGCUAAACUGGAGCAAAUCUAUGUGGAUAAACCCCCUUUAGUCGAACAAGUUACUAGAACAUGGUCAACAAGUGAGAAGAACAUUAAUGAACACAUGUGCAAAGGUUUAAAGCCAAGAUGGAGCGAUUUAGAUAUUAACAACCAUGUGAACCAUGUGAAAUAUAUUGGGUUGAUCCUUGAGAGUGUUCCAAAGACUAUUAUAGAGAACUACGAGAUUGAUAGCAUUACACUAGAAUACUAUCGAGAGUGUACAAAGGACCACAAACUGCAGUCCUUCACUUCUAUAUUGACGAAAGACAAUGACGAGAUAUCUGAUUUUGAAAUUGUUGAUUGCCAACAUUUGCUUCAAUUUGAAAGUGGUAGUAAUAUCAUGAAAGGAGGGACUAGAUGGAGGCUGAAGCAUGGAAAGAGUAAGGACUUAUAGAGCAUCAGUUAGUUCCCUAACGGAAGUGUCCAAAAAUAAUUAUAGAUCACCGACAUUAACUCUCGGUUUCCGAUCACAACCAUUGAAACUCGUGACAUACAUGGGUGUGGUUAUUAUUAAUAAACCUUUGCAUAUCGUCUCUUUACAAACAUAAAAGUACUCUUGUGAUUAUAAAAUAUGAACAAAUAAAUCUCCAAGGGUUUGUAAAUCAUUUGUUCCUCAUAAUUAAAUGGUCUUGUUGUGCUGAUUUUAAUUUUGU